AUGGAAAUGAAGAAUGUAUCGCCUGAUUUUACUGUUUUUGGUGCUCUUUUUUCUCAGAUUCCAAGCAAACGAGAAUGGAAGAGUAUGAAAUUUUGCCUGAAUCAGAAGGCAUCCUGUUUCGAUAUCAGUCCUGAUGGUUCUUCUUUCUUGAUCGGUGGAGAUAAUGGUCAACUCAUCACCUUAUGCAUAUCGGAUGGAGAAUUGAUAGUAUCAGAUUCUUGCGAACGGCACCAGUCCAGAAUCACCGACAUUGCAUUCAACCCAACAGCCGAUUUAAUUGCUACCUGUUCUAAUGAGAAUAAAAUUGAGCUGUCCUCGUUUCAAGCAGAUCUCUUUAAAUCAGGAGACCGGAGGAUUAGUAUGUCGAUGAACGAACCUGUACGUGCACUUACAUUUAUGGAAGAUUUAGCCAAUCAUUCCAAUAUUUUGUUUUCUGGUACCGGUCGUCAAAUAUGUAUUACCGACUGUUCUUCGGGUACUACGUUUCGUGUCUUGAAAGGUCAUAAAGGUGUUGUAACAUCACUUUGUACAUGGGGUGGUUGUCUAUUUGCCAGCUCAUCGACUGACAAAACUAUCCGCAUUUGGGAUACGCGUGUCACUGAAGCUGUCAGAAUAUUCGAUCCACUUACAAAACCUGGAGCAGUGGGUGCUUUUCACGUGGAUGGCAGCGGUCGAAUUUUGAUACGUGGUGACGCAAGUGGUGAAGCACAUGUUUAUGAUACAUCAGCAACUAAGAAAAUCAUAACGAAGCGGAUUUCCACACAACCAAUUUCAUGCCUUCGUAUUGCUAACUCACAACGGUUUAUGGCUGUUGCUGAUGAAAAAAAAAUCAGUCUGUGUGAUUUACGCGAUGUAUUUCAAGUGCCUGAAUCAUCAUGUGUUGCAAAAUGCACGAGGAAAUGCUUUAUUCUCAAAUGGCACCCUAUGAAACCAUCAUUUGCAACGCUAGAUAAAGAAAGUACCUUAAAUUUGUGGCAAUUGGAACACGAAGAAUCUUGUACAAUGGACGAUUAA